GAAAGAAAGAAAGCAAGAUCAAUCGCCAGGAGCCUAGACCAUCUGUACUUGAUUGUAUCGAAACAGAAUUAGGUUGGGGUAAAAAUUUAAAUCAAUCUUUAAAAAAAAAAAAAGAAAAAGAAAAAAAAAUGUAAUCACGUUGUUAAAAUCACAUGACGAGUUUAUAAGGAGGAGGUGGGGAAGGGUAGUUUAGUCGAAAGAAUGAGUGGGAAGACAAAUAUUAAUAAACUUAAUCAUUUCCCAAAUCGAUAAUCUAAAGCAAAGUCUAUAUUAUAAUUUACUAAGUGGAUCAAUAAUGACUGUCACCAUAAAUUGCUUGGCAGAUGUAUGUCUUAUACCCAUUGGAACUGCUUCAGUGUCAGUUUCAGAUGAAGUAACUGCCAUUACAAAGUUAGCUCAGGAUUCUCAUUUACAUACCACUUUACACAGUGCCGGUACUACCAUUGAAGGACCUUGGAAUGAAGUAAUGGAUUUGAUUGGUCAAAUGCAUGAAUUGUUACAUACCAAACAUAAUGUGGUUAGAAUCCAAAGUGAUAUAAGAGUAGGUACAAGAACUGAUAAACGUCAAACUCCUCAAGAUAAAAUUGAUGUUGUCCAACGAAAAUUAAAAAAUUUACAAUAAAUUAAAUAUAUAAUAAUAAUCCAAUCAACCCACAUAUCUUUUAACGAUUAAUUGGCCUUAGAAAGGACUCUGUAGAUUAAAUGAGAUAUUAUUAUUAAUUAAUUUAAAAUUAAUUAAUAAUUUAAUGACGUAUUACUACUGAACUCCAACUUUUAAUCUCAAAAUAAUAAUAAAUUAAAAUCAUAAGU